AUGUUUGCUUCGGUAAAGAUCAGCUUUGCCUUGGCAUUCCUCUCUGCGCUGCUUCUUCACGUUGGCGCCAACCUGCGUUUCCAGCCCCGUGCUUCCACAAAACCACUUGCUCAUGCCAUCAACGGUACUUUUGGCGGUCUUCAUCUCCCUCAUUUGAACCAAGAUCUCUUCCUCGGCAUCCCAUUUGCUCAAAAGCCCGUGGACGAUCUCCGGCUCCGACGUCCUGUUUCCCUGAACGGGUCCUGGGAAGGCAUCAGGUCAGCGGUCAAUCGCAGUGUUAGUUGUAAGGGCUACGCUGGCUUUGCCAAAGGGCUCGACAUGGGUGAAGAUUGUUUGACGCUGGAUGUAGUAAGACCGGCUGGUACGACAGCUCAAAGCAAGCUUCCGGUGCUCGUCUGGAUCUAUGGAGGAGGCUUCACAGCAGGCGGAAGUGCGGAUCCUCGGUACAACACAUCGUUCAUGGUCAGAGAGUCGGUCAAGAUCGGGAAGCCCAUUGUUGCCGUAUCGAUCAACUAUCGCCUGGGCGGUUGGGGCUUCUUGGCUUCGAGGGAGGUUCAGGCCGCCAAUGCGAGUAACAUAGGCCUCUUUGACCAGCGCCUGGCGCUCCGCUGGAUCCGCGAAAAUGUGAAAGCUUUCGGCGGUGACCCUGAUGCCGUCACUAUCAGCGGCGAGUCGGCAGGGGCUUUCAGUGUCGGCUACCAUUUGGUUGGUUUCGGCGGUCGUCAUGACAAUCUGUUCAGAGCAGCGAUCAUGCAGAGCGGCAGCGCACUCGGUCCUGCUUUGUACUCAGACAAUCAGCUGCAAAGCUCGUAUCAAGCCAUAUACGACAAUGUGACAGCGGCAGUCGGCUGCAACAACGCGGCAGACUCCCUAUCGUGCCUGCGCAGGGUACCCUUUGACAGGCUGUCGAGGGCGUUCGAGCCUCACGUCCUGACACCAAUCUUAGACGGGGACUUCCUCGACCAACUGCCGUCAGAGUCAUAUGCCAAGGGUCAAGUCGCCGAUGUGGCGAUCCUCGCAGGGGCGAAUACGGAUGAGGGUACUGCCACGUUCUUUGGUCCUCGAGGCACACUACAAGUCGAAGCAGAUGUUGUCGCCUACGUCUCCUCCCUCGGUCAUGGGCUUGAUCAAAAGACAACCCGGGCGAUCAUGUCCCUUUACCCUGACGACCCGAAUCAAGGAUGUCCCUUCAACACUGGCCAACGUCGUUUCGCCCAAAACAACGGUCAGCAGUACAAGAGAGGCGCUGCCAUUGCUGGCGACCUCGCCAUCAUUGCAGGGAGACGUGCAACAUCGCGAUACCACUCGUCCAAGAGCCCAACGUACUCUUAUCGAUUCGACCAGCCUCCCUGGAACGGUAUCGAACCGCUCGUGGCAACGGAGGCGCCAGUCUAUUCAACUCAUUAUUCGGAGAUAUGCUUCGUCUUUAAUCUCGAUCCCAAGACGUCCGUCAACAAUAGCAACUGGAUCGGACCCGAUAGGUCCUACCACCGUCUCGCCGAGCAGAUGUCACGGGCGUGGAUCUCAUUCGUGCACGAUCUCGAACCCAACUACGAUCAGAGUCGUCUUCCCCACUGGCCCGCUUACUCUACGUCCCAGCCUCGGAACAUGGUGCUGAGGGCACGAGGUAGUCACGUCGAGACAGACGACUGGCGUGCUCCGCAACUUGCAUUGUGGGCCAAGAUCUGGAACAAUUUAGACACAUAG